AUGGAAAUACUGCACUCCUUGCCGUCCUAUCUCCAAGCUAACGCCCAGUGCAAACUCUUAGUAAUUGAUUCGGUUGCUUUCCACUUCCGUCAUGGUUUCGAAGACUACGGUCAAAGAGCUCGAGCAUUGGACGAGCUUGCUGCCUUUCUACAUGGGCUUGCGACUGAUUUCGACUUGGCUGUCCUGUUGAUCAACCACAUCACUACAAAGUCGUCGUCUAACGAUCGUCAAGUAUCACAGGAACGACCAGCAUUAGGUGGGUUAAGCCAGAUGCCAUUUAUAUUGUUGACUCUAACUCCGUUACUUUUCUUGAAUAAAAAGGUGAAAGCUGGACUCAUUCAAAUGCGAAUCGGGUAGUGUUUGGAUGGGAGGCGAACUGCCGAGUUGCUCGUCUAAUCAAGUCAGCUACACUUGCGCACGACUCAACAACGUUUGAAGUGUCAGAGCGAGGGAUCCGCGAUAUGACUGAUAAAGAGUACUAAGUUAAGUCCCUCAACGAAGAUGCAUAUGAAGUCGUCGUUUAUCAGCUACCAAUUUAUGUUCACGAACAACGAGUUG